AUGUAUCUUUUCUUUCUUUUUUUCUUGUUGAAAAUCCUUCAAUUCAAUAUCAAACUAUCAAUUGCUUGUUCUCCUACGCGACUUUUGUUAAUGGGUGUCUAUAUCUAUCUAAAUCUAUACGCUUUUAAAUUAGGCCUCGCCAGCUGGUCUCAAACCAGUGAAGAAAGCAUAUCCGUAGCCGGUAGUCUCGAAGGUGAUAGUAGUACCCUUCUUGAAGUAGAAAACAUCACCUGGCUUGGUGGAAACCUUGUACCCGGUCUCGUCGGAGAUCCAGUACUCACCCUCAACCUCCAAGAUGAUCUUCAUCUCAUCGUAGUGGUAGUAGUAGACCAAUGGCUCACCCUUCUCUUGCUUGUAGAAACCACAGGAGAUUUGCUCUUCCUUAGGGGCGUCGGAGGUGAAAGUGUCACCCAAGAAGGAGUUGUUGCCUGGAGAUGGGAUUUGAGGAGGCUUGACUUCCUUUCCCUCAGCGGCUGGCUUGUACAACAUAGGCAUUUUUGGCGAGUAUUAGGUGGGUUUGUGUGA